UAUUAAUAUUGGAAUCGUUGCUUCUCACAAGGGACUGUAAGUCCUGACAUGUCUGAGGUUUGGAGCUGAAACGACAACCAUGGGGGAAAAUUACCAGUACCCUGUUUUCUUCGAGUGCGACAAGCUUCUUGAGGGUCAGAAGAAGAAGAAAGUAGAGGCAUAUUUUUGUGUUCGCCGGCGGUCCGGUGGAGGAGACUGCGGAUUGUUGAGCAAAGUUGCUGAUAAUGUCUACAGCAUAGCCUUCAAAAAUCAGAAAGAUCAACAGGAAGUACUGAAGAGGGCUCAGCAUGAAGUUGAUCUCACUGAUAGCAGCCUGGUCUUCAGUGUCAAAGGCAGCCUGUCACCUCCCAGCACUUCUCAUGACACUACCCCUACAGCACCAGCAGAGAGCCAACAAUCCAUUUCUGUCUCCUCUGCCCCGCUGAGUGGUAAUGAAGUUGAAGAGCAACUGGAAGAACAGGAGAUUUCUUCCCUGAAGGACUCUCCUGUUGCAGAGGAAUUGCUCACCUCUGGCUAUUAUUCUGCUGAGCAUUACCAACAGAAGGAAGAGACUUUAGAGAACAGAUUAUCUCAAGCUGAGGCUGCAGCAUGUCAAAAGGCUGCAUACCCUACAGAAAUUGAAGAGCCGCUCGGAGUGGAGCCUCAGUUUAAUUGGCUACAUUUUCAACAGCAUAGAGGAGCUGCUGGUGGACCUCAGAAGGGCCUUGUCCAUAUGGAGAUUGUUUCAGGGACCAUUGAGAGCCAGCAGACAGACGCAGUGGUAUCUCCCAUGGUCUUCCAAGAUCCUCUGUCCACCCGAGUUGGAACUAUUAUCUGUGAAGUAAUAGAUCCUCAGCUGACUGAGAGGGUCGUACAGGAAUCAAGAGAGGAAACGAUACCUGGUGAUUUCGUACUCGUGAAAGACUUGAUUGGAGUUCCUUUUGGUGCUGUGUUCUUCCUCAGCCUUGUGCGGUGGGAUGAAGAAGAGAAUGGAACUGCAGUUCAGGUUCUCCGCCUGGGCCUCAACAAAAUCCUGACUUCCUGUGAGAGAGAAGGUUUUGAAUCUGUAGCCCUACCUGCACUCGGUGCUGGCAUUGCCCUUUGUUUUCCAGUUACUGUGGUAGCGAGGGUUUUACAGGAGGAGGUCUGUAAAUUUGAACAGGAGAGAAGCACGAGCGCACCAGUCCAGGUUCGCAUUGUUCUACACCCCAAAGAUGAGGAUGCUAGUCAGUCUCUACAGGUCUUCAAGUCUGUCCAAGAAGAUAUGAAGUACAACAGAUGCACUGAAAAUGACCCGGAGAGUGGCUUAAAUUGGGGCUCCAUAACAAAGAGGAUUGUUCUGCUUGGUAAAACCGGAUCUGGGAAAAGCAGCCUAGCUAACACCAUUCUGGGGGAGGAUGUUUUUACCGUAUAUCAUUCUCCGAACUCAGGAACACAUUCAUGUCAUUCAGAGACAAGAACAGUGAAUGGGAGACGCCUAACUUUGAUCGACACACCCGGUUUCUUCGACACCGAUAGGACAGAAGAGGAUUUGAAGCCUGAAAUAAUGCGUUGCCUCACAGAGUAUGCUCCUGGACCACACGUCUUUCUCAUUGUGCUUAAAGUGGACAAAUUCACAAAGCACGAGCAAAAAGUCGUCACCAAAAUCCGCGAGCAUUUCUCUGACGAUGCUUUAAAAUAUGCUGUAAUCGUCUUCACUCAUGGUGGCCAGCUCCCAGAAGGGAUGAAAAUCGAAGAAUUUGUCCAUCAGAACAAGAAUCUGAGCAAUCUGGUGAAGAUGUGUGGAAGUCGGUGCCAUGUCUUUGAUAGUAAACACUGGAACGGAGAAGAGCAAGAUGUUUACAGGAGCAACCAGUUCCAGUUGGAGGCGUUCCUUCAAACAAUAGACAAGAUGAUUGACGAAAAACAUGGAUCCUACUACACCAACGAUGUUCUGCAGCACAUCGAAGAAAAGAUCCAGGAGCAAGAAAAGCAGAUUAGAGAGGUCACAGAAUAUUUGCCGCCACAGGAGAUCAGAAAACAGGCUAAAAGCUUUGUGUCGAAUGAAUUUUGGAUCAAGCUAGCAGGUACCACCACCGGCGUUGUGUUGGGGGCCUUUUUUGGAGUGCCAUCGUUAGUGCAAGCUGUUUUGAAAGCUGUGAAGAAUCCAGUUGAAGUGAUGAAGCACAUGAAAAACCUAACAACGAUGACACCUGGAGCCACUGCUGUAGCAGAGACAGUCGUUGCGGCUGCAUUUGGAGGAAUACGUGGUGGAAUCAUUGGACAUAAAGUGUCGACAGAAGCAAAAACACCAAUGGAGGCAAUGGGGAAGACUUUUAAAGCCAUCAAGGAAGACAAAAAUCCACUUAAGAUGCUUCAACAAUAGGUUUUACCAUUGGGAGUUAAACAUUUUUUUCUUGAGUUUUGAUGAAUAUUUUUAACUUUUGAAAGUUCUUGUCAAUGUCUUUUUUUGCACUUACCCUGUUGACCAAAAGCAUUCCGGCCCCUUUAAUGGUGGAUGUCACAGCACCAAUAUGCUGCUGACAGAUCUCCAGAAAUGAUGUUGUGAGUCCGAUGCAGAUUGUAGAAGGAAUUUUUCACCUGUUCUUGAUUUUAUUCUGUGGAAUCAAUGCCUCUAGAGAUAAAGCUAUAUUUUUGGGCAAAGAAAAACACUACAAUGGCUGGUAUGUUGCUACUAAUAUUUUUUUGUCAAACUAGUGUACCUACUUCUUGAAAUGAACUGUUCUUAAACUCCACUUAGAAUUUUUUUUUUAUCAUUUGACAGCCCUAACAUAUCAACUUUGAGGCUACAACCCACACUUAUCCACGGACAGGUUUGGCAUAGGUGGUGGUCAUACUUUUAUGCCAGAUCAGUUUGUUCUCAUGUUGGGAUUAAACAUGCACUGAUGCUUGUCUAAGUUGUUGGUAACUGAUACUUAUAUAAGUGUUUUAUAAGUUAUUGUUGGUUUUUUUGUGUUUGCUUGUUUCAUGCUCUUUCAGUGAUGCACUUGAUUUAACAGAAAAGUUUCGAUUUUAAAGAUCUUUAUGUUUUAAGACCUAUGGACUUUAUUAUUUAAACUAUUUAAACUUGAUCUAUUUGAGCUCACGUUAAUUGAAACAAUCACAUUGUGACAUUACAAAUUAAACUUUAUUUGUCAAAGUUAAAACUGUGUUAUAAUGAUUUUGGAAAAAUUAUAACUACUGAAAUAAACACUGAAUAUCUGUGUCUUCAAAGGAAGCAGCUAUACACUGGUAAUGUCUUGGUUUCAUGUUAACUGUAAUAACAAGCAUUGCUGAGUAAUCAUAUUUUCUGUGCUCUAUAUACUGUAUUAAUCAUUAACAUAAUCAAAAUUUGGUCUUAACUUUGCACAAUGUAAAUACUGUCUUUGAGUUGGUAAGCCCAAAAUAUUUAUGCCGGGGACAGAUUUAGAUUUUGAUUCAGCCAAGGUUUUUCUCCCUCAAUAAACUUCACUAAACUGUUUUUUGGGAAAGUGUAAUUCUCUUACAGGAAUAUUAAGUAAUAAUGACACCUGGUGGUCAAAAUAGGAACAACACAUACACAAUGCCUUUCACGGUUCUGUUGUUGCUGUGAAAUCCCACUGAAUUUUUACUUACACAUGAUGAUAGGUAUUUGAUGUUGCAUUCUGUUUAUGGUCUUCUUCUCUUACAGGCUUCCAUGUUUGCAGGCUGCUGCUCUUUUACCAAAAUAAAAUAACAAAUGCUGCUCUCUGUUUAGGGAACCCUGGAAAUGCUCAUAUGAUAAGCUCAGGAACCAGGAAGUAAAUACGGGCAAAUGUCAAGGAAUUUGUGUCAUGUUGGAGAAAUUCUGGAAAUGAAUAUUUAUUUACUACUCAGAUGUGGAGAUAACUAAAUGCCACAAUAUGAUUUAUUAAUAUGCCACGCAGUUUAUUGGGUGUGAAAGCUGCAUUGUAUGGGGGAAUUUACCCACAGCUUUCUUUAAAAUGCAAAACAAAACAAACAAAAAAACAACCUCUAUGAUUGUAUAUAAUGGUGGACUUGGUGGCCGGAUUAAUGAGAACAUCAUAGGAAUGGGAAGAACAAAAUAAGCAAAAUAAGAUUGAUGUUUUACCUCUUGCAUAUUAAAUGUGUCAGUUACAUUUAUUUUGACUUCUACAGGAAACAUUUUUGCUCACAUCAAAUCAACAUCAAAUCACAAAGUGUACACCUGACUUUGAAGGUGUUUAUUAUUGUUUAUUUUUAAUAAAACCAUGUAUAUUAUCAUUGAAUUCAGAUAUUCCAAUCACUUUCUUGGCCACAUGUGUAUAAAAUCCAGCAACUUGGCACGCAGCGUGCUCGGCAAACAUUAGUGAAAGAAUAGUUGACUCCCAGGAGCUCAGUAAAUUGAAGUGUGGUACAGUGGUUGAAGUCCAUGGUCAACUGUUUAGAAGUGUUGGACCAUGUAAAAUUACAGAGCAGGUUUGACAUAUUUGGAGGCACAGUGCAAAACCUGCAAAUGGAGAACACCGCACAAAGGAGGGCAUCCAAUCCAGUAUGUCUCAACACAUCCAGACCCACAGUGCAGAGUUAAAUGAGCACCCAGCUCCCCAACUCCCCAUGUGCAAAACACAUCCUGAACAUCUUUUGACCUGUAUAGUCUACUCUUUGAAGGAUGUUGUGAUGUAUUUGUUGUAAAUUUAGGUUUCUAGUAAUUCUGAAAGUCCUUACAUAUCUGUGAUCAUAGGUUUUGCUCCAAGCUGACUGAUAAAUCCUCCUCCUGUUUCAUAAUUGGAAGGGGUAUCAAUUCAUCAAGCUUAGACAAUAUCCUGAACAAUUUAGACAUAAAUUUAGGGUGUUUCAGAUCAAGAAACUCUAAUGCAUUUGAUGGCAUUUUAAACCGACUUUAAUGAGCCUAAACUGAUGAUCGACAAUGCAGACAACUGUCCACUGUGGCUUUACGACAAACAGCAGUUUGUUAAGACUUUAUGAAAUGUACUGGGUUUCUGUAGAUAGGGAACUUUUUGACCAGUCUGUCUGUAUAUAAUUUGAUUUUAAUUUGACUUUGUAAAGUGCCCUGAGACGACAUGCUGUGAAUUGGUGAAAUUUAAAUAAAAAUGAAUUGAAUUAAACACAAAUUUAUUUUUCACUAAAGAUUCAGUUUGUGGAUAUUCUAAGAAUAAUUUUUUUUCAAUACCAUAUUGCAUAUUUCAUUUGUUAAAUGAAAUAAAGUUGGUUCCUUCAAAUCUAUGUUCCAGGUAUUCAAUACAUUUACUCCUCCAGUCUGGGAGUUUAUCAAAUUAUAUUUAUAUAGCAUGUCAGAGGUUGCCGUCUUUCUAAAGAUCUGUAGCUCUCCUGAAACAAAGGUCAACAAUUCUCAUAAACACACUUUUAAAGCUUGUAGACCACCAUCCUGAAAGAGGAUUGUUCUGCUUGGUAAAACCGGAUCUGGGAAAAGCAACCUAGCUAACACCAUUCUGAGGGAUGAUGUUUUUACUGUAUAUCAUUCUCCGACUUCAGGAACACAUUUAUGUCAGCCAGAGACAAGAACAGUCAAUGGGAAACGCCUCACUUUGGUCGACACACCCGGUUUCUUCGACAGGACAGAAGAGGAUUAGAAGCCUGAAAUAAUGCGUUGCGCCAUCGUUCGACAGUGCUAUGAGCAUUAUUUUAACAAAUAAUG